AUGGCAGGGCAGUGGAAGGUCUUGGUGUUGGUGGUGGCCUUGGCUAUGCUAGCCUGCGAGGCCCGUCGCCUCCUGAGGUAUGAGGAUAUUGUGGACCUGGCCUUAAAGGCGUACAACAAGGGUCAGCUCGGAAAGCCCCUCUUCCGUCUGCUGAAUGCCACCCCGCCAUCUAGUCAGAACCCGACUGCCAGUAUCCCACUCGAGUUCAGGAUUAAAGAGACAGUGUGCACCUCCACCCCGGAGAGACAGCCUAAAAAUUGCGACUUCCUGGAAGAUGGGGAGGAGCGAAACUGCACGGGGGAAUUCUUCAGAAAGUUGAAGUCAACCUCCUUGACCUUGAGCUGCGACAGGAGCUGCAGUAGAGAGGGUGUCCAAAUGGGCAGUGUUGCUGCUUACGUCUCCCAGGAGGACAAGCUCAAAGAUCUGCCCCCUAAGAUCAGGGACAUUUAUGACAAUGCCAAGUAUGAUAUCAUCAACAACAUCCUGCGUAAUUUCUAG